AGUUCUCAAUUUAUGAAGCAUAGCAAACGGAAGCGGAUGACGUCUGAUGAUUUCAACAAAGCUCUAAGAUGGAGUGACGUAGAGCCCAUUCAUGGUUAUGGGUCUAAUGAACCUGCUGUGUUUAGACAGAUUAAGGAUACUAAUCUUUAUUUUGUGGAAGACCGAGAUCUGAGUUUACCUGAGAUCGCCAUGGAUACCAAGAUACCCAACAGUGCAGGAAACACCUCUCUAAAAGCUAAUUGGCUAGCUUUAGAAGGUGUUCACAAGACUGUUGUUCAAUCAAGUGAUCCAGGUCAAGCUGCUGCUGAAGGUAUUCAGAAAAUCCUUGGAGUUCAAGGUCAAGGCAUGACCCACAGCAUGGAGAUGUUGUCGUCUGAUCAAGUCACUUACUAUCAGCAUAUCGUCAAGGCUAUCCUUGGCACAGAUGAGGAGGCUACAAAGGUUGUGUUAGUAGAUCUUCAGACAAACAGUAAGAUAGCAGGUUUACUUCCUUACCUGGUCAACUUUGUAUCAGUUGGUGUGAAGGUAGUCAGUUUAGAGCUCUAUCAACUCACAGGUCUUCUAUACAUCAUUGAUGCACUUGUCAGGAAUCAGUUCAUCUAUCUCGGUCCUUAUAUGAUCCAGUUAGUGUCUACUGUGAUGUACUGUAUCUUAGAACCCUUGGCUGUCUCUAUCAAUCCCAUCAAUGACCACUGGGGUCUCAGAGACUAUGCUGCUAGGUUGCUUCUGCCAAUCUUAAGAUGUUCUAAGGAAUCUAAGAACAAGUUCCAUCAUCAGAUGUUGACAGCAUUUCAAGAAGUAAUGAAUGACCCUGCCAGACCUCUUUGUACCUAUUAUGGAGCCGUGAUGGGACUCAUUGCUUUAGGUCCACAGGCUGUUGAGGAUGUGUUAUGUCCAAGACUAUCCAGUUAUUGGGUGACCCUACAGCAGAUCUUAGAAGAUACAUCUAUUACAAGGGUGAAGGAAGAUGGUCAUAAGGUUCAUGGAGCUCUCUUAACUGCAGCUGAAACUCUUCUGAGGCACAAGUAUCAUAAAGGGGAGAAAGAGACGGAUCUACCAAGCCAGACAAGUUCACCAUGUGAUAGCCCCAGAAACAUGCCAGAGUUUGCCUUUGGUACGGCGAGCUAUGUAACUCAACUUAGUGCUUCCUCCGGAAACCUUACCCCACAUCUCAAAGAGAAACCUCCAAGGAAACACAAUAACUUCAUGGAGCUGUAUUCUGAAUUGUAUUCCUAUUUUGGAGAUAGUCUCAGUGUAAGACUUGGUAUUGAAACCGAUGCACUUCAGGUUAUGGAAAGGUUGGACAAGCAUAUGGAGCAUACAGCGAGUUUACAAGACUUGGUGAAUGAAAGAGUUACCUUUGAUGGAACGAUGUUUAGACAACGCCAUGUUAAGAAUGCUGGUAAAGUGCUUCCCAUACCAUCAAAACCAAGGACAGUUAAUCCGGAGCUUCCUAAGACAACGGGAAAGAUUCCAAGCAAAUCACCAGGUCAAAGGUUCCAAACAUCCAGGACAAGACAUGGCAAAAUGAGCAAGCGAUCUAGAUCAAGGUCUGGUGGGUUGAGGGAUAUCUUUCAGAUUGUUAAGCCUGUCAAACCUUUAUCAAAGAAGACUCAUGUUAUUCCGUUGGAAAGUAAAGUUUGGCGUAUCAAUCUCAAGAUGCCACAUGUUGGUAAAAGAAAGAAGUUAUUCAAGAGAGUUGGAAUGUCUCUCACAAAAAACCUACCAAGCAUUCAUGCAAUUUUGUGAUCAGUUAACUCAAUGAAAUAAUUUUCAUUCAUUUAAUGAUAUUAAUGACAAUAAUUUAGUGCCAAGGAGUUGCAAUACAUAAUUACUUUGUAUUUUUGAAAUGCCUUUUCCUAUAUCAGAGUUCAAUUAAUUAUUUCAGGCCUUUCAACGCAAUGGUUGUAAUCUUUUGCAAAAUUUGAACAAUUUUGAUCAUUUUAUAAUCAAUAUUUUGAACAAAAUAUUCAUGCAAUAAUGAUCAUGAUGGACCAUUGCGAAUUUGAGAAUUAUCAUAAAUAUCUUUGUAACAGGCACUGGAUCAUAAUGAUACUCCUUUUAAAAGGCCUCCACCAGGUACCCUUGCUAAUUUUGAGCAGGCACCCUGGUACAUCAUUUAUCAGUUUAGCAUUGGUUUAACAAGACCUGUCAACUGCUGCAAACUUACAUUGGACUUCAGGCUGUGUGUCAUCUCUGACUCUGCUCUUCUCCAAAGUCUGUUACAUUUUUGUCUUACCUGCAUAUAAUAGCAGAGUGAAACUAUAGGCGCCGCUUUUCCGACGGCGGCGGCGUCAACACCAAAUCUUAAGUUUUUGAAAUGACAACAUAACUUAGAAAGUAUAUGGACCUAGUUCAUGAAACUUGGCCAUAAGGUCAAUCAAGUAUUACUGAACAUCCUGCCUGAGUUUCAUGUCACAUGACCAAGGUCAAAGGUCAUUUAGGGUCAAUAAACUUAGACCAUGUUGGGGGAAUCGACAUCAAAAUCUUAACCUAAGGUUAAGUUUUUGAAAUGUCAUCAUAACUAAGAAAAUAUAUGGACCUAGUUCAUGAAACUUGGUCAUAAGGUUAAUCAAGUAUCACUGAACAUCUUGCACGAGUUUCACGUCACAUGACCAAGGUCAAAGGUCAUUUAGGGUCAAUGAACUUUGGCCGAAUUUGGGGUAUCUGUUGAAUUACCAUCAUAACUUUGAAAGUUUAUGGAUCUGAUUCAUGAAACUUGAACAUAAUAGUAAUCAAGUAUUACUGAACAUCCUUUGCAAGUUUCAGGUCACAUGAUUAAGGUCAAAGGUAAUUCAGGGUCAAUGAACUUUGGCCAAAUUGGGGGUAUUUGUUGAAUUACCAUCAUAACUUUGAAAGUAUAUUGGUCUAGUACAUAAAACUUGGACAUAAGAGUAAUCAAGUAUCACUGAACAUCCUGUGCGCAUUUCAGGUCACAUGACCAAGGUCAAAGGUCAAUGAACUUUGGCCAUAAUGGGGGUAUCUGUUGAAUUACCAUCAUAACUUUGAAAGUUUAUGGAUCUGACUCAUGAAACUUGGACAUAAGAGUAAUCAAGUAUCACUGAACAUCCUGUGAGAGUUUUAGGUCACAUGUUCAAGGUCAAAGGUCAUGUAAGGUCAAUGAACUUUGGCCAUGCUGGGGGUAUUUGUUGAAUUACCAUAUCUCUGUAAGUGUAUUGGUCUAGUUCAUAAAACGUGUACAUAAGAGUAACCAAGUAUCACUGAACAUCUUGUGCAAGUUAUAGUAGUUUUCAAAGUCAGCACUGCUGCUAUAUUGAAUCGCGUGAUGCAGGUGAGACCGCCAGAGGCAUUCCACUUGUUUGUAUUUAUACUUGCUUUCAUGUCCAAAAUCGUGAUGUCUACAAUGUCUUGCGCAAAGGAGGUUGACAUAUCAUGCAUUAUUUGUCUCCACACAGGCUGCUUGCCAGAAAAAAGGCCUUCAUAAUGGCGACCACACUAACCAACCUGGACAAGAAAAUUAAGAAAUUUUAACAUGCCAAUUCCACCUCAGUAAUUUCAUUUUGUUGAUGUAAGGUCUAAACUUUAUUGUCAAUAUUGUGAAAGGGAAUACUGAAUUUCACUCAAUUAUAAACUGUAAAACUUUGUUUUCUGGUAACAAGUAUUAAUUUCUUUCACCUGGGGAAUUAAGUGGUACUCCAGGCUGAAAAUGAAACGAUUUGAACACAUAAAGAAAAAUCAAACAAACGGAGCACUGAAAAAUUGACAAAAAUCGGACAAGGAAUAACAAAGAUUUGACAUUUUAAAGAUUUGCAUGUUAUCAGGGAAACUUUAAAAUUCAAUAACUUUGUUAUUUGUUAUCAUAUUUUGAUGAAAUUUUCAGCAUUUCGCUUGGUAAAUUUUACUCACUUUGUUUAGAUAUGAUUAUUUUCAGCCUGGAGUGCCCCUUUAAAGCUUUGGGCAGGACUAGUGUAACAAUAACUUGACAACAGGCAGAGAUGUUCCUUGUCAUGUUAUGAUGGACUUGUAGAAUGUAUAUGAAUCCCUUCAUUUGUAUGAAAUUUAUUCAGAUCAUGAUUCACAUGGAUUUUCAAUACUAUUUUUGUGUCAAUAAAAGAAGGAAUCAAUCCUUAAAAUAUGUUUAUGAAAGAAA